AGCGCACGCAUGCACACGUACUGAGUCAGUACGCCAUUUGGUUAAAGUACAAACUGCGGAACGCUGUGUAGUGUCGGUCUAUCCCCAACGCCACUUUUAGUUACAGAUCUGCGCUAGACAUAUUUCGACUUUACUUCGCAAGACAAACAACACCAUCGAAGAUGCGUUUCCGACAGAAAUUCUUGGGAUUCAGCGGAGGGGCUAUGGUAGCCUUGGGUCUGGUUUUAACCAUCCUCGGUAAGGAUACGGCCUAUCUCAAUGAGGGUAUUGCCGCUCCAGCCGCUGGCAUCCCAGUCGUGAACGGAGCGGCAGGCGUCCCUAUGUGGACUGGGAUUUUGAUUAUCAUCUGCGGUAUGGCUAACAUCACAGAAGCCUUUGACGGGAAAAAGAAGAGGGGGCCAACACCAUAUGAGUUACCCUUCUCCAUGACGGUCUUUGUGGUAAACUUCCUGGCCCUUGCCGUAACCGGUAUAUGCAUGGGUAUGUUGUCCUGGGCCAUCUAUAGCGUAUACCUCCAGCCUACCUUGGUGGAAGAUACCAGGCAACAGGCUGUCAUAGGUUUAUACGCCACCAUCAUCGUCGCUUGCUGUCUCAUCUUCAUCUUCGCACUCAUGGCGAUGUUCGUCGACUGCUGCAUCAACGGGUUUAUUGGCGGCUUAGCAGGAAUGCCGCCGCCAGGAGAUCAUACCCAGCGGGAAUCACCUUAUGAUACUUACCAGAGUCGACCUGCCAUGCUGUACAAGUAGAAGAUCGUUAGCACCAUCGGUCUCGAGAAUCGAGAUCCGUGUUCAUGAGCGUCUCACCGGGUGUAACCGGUGUCGCCUUUAUCCGAUCCGGUCCUCAUCGCAAGUGCUUCUAUGCAAUAUCUGUCCAUUGGGAAAGGGGAGGGGGUAUGAGGAAAGGGGUAUUGGGAGGGUAUAGAGUACGGGAGGGGCAUGGCGUAGAUGAUAUUCAUGUGAGGGAGGGGUGCAUAGGGAAGGGAAGAGGCAAUUGGGAGGGGAGGGCGUGGCAGGGUGGGGGACUUAAAGAAGGGGAUUUUUCGGAGAAAAUAAAGGAAUGGGGAUAGGGGACGGGAGGGACAUGGAGAAAAAGUGCAGUAAAAGGGUAUGGGGAAGGGAGGGGCAUGGAAACCGAGGGAAAGAAGCAUAACAUGGAUGAAUAUAUAGCAAUCUUCACAUAUUUUAAACUAAAAUUAAAUUCUUAGGCCUACUCAACUUUCAUUUCCUGAGGGAAAAUAGGAAUAUAGCAGUUUCAUAUAUUAUUGGUUGAGGUUAGAUUAUCUUUAUUUUCGUGAACAUAUAACUGCAUUUGCAUGAUUUGUCUAAUCAGACUGGUUAAAUGAUAGUGCGAAAGGAAUUAUAUUGAAAUCCGUGUGGCAACAAUGGAAAUGUUGUUUUUAAUCAGUUUUUGAAAGUGAACUCCUGCAAAUGCUUGUAAAUAUUUCUAAAAUCACAGGUGCGUACUCAGUCAAUUAAGUCGUUGUAAAAAUGAAGGUAUUAAUAUUUAAUCAGAUAGCUGACUAAGUGCUUUCGUCGUAUUUGAGGGUCUUAAUUCGAAACUGAUACCAUUCGUCUUUCAAACAAACAACAGAAAACGAUUUUAAUCAUUAUCAAUUCAUGUAAUAUAUUACCAUCAUGUAUUGGGUGUGUACGGGAGCUUUGUAGAACUCAAAUAAGUAAAAUAUAGGAGUGUAAAUAUAAUACUGUAUCACUUAAAAUCAUUCCUUUUGUCGAUAUGAUUGUUCAGAUAUUCAUACUUCCUGUCCUUUUAUUGCUGUAUCAUAUUGAUUUGGUUUUAAUAGCAGAUGAUCACUUCUUAUACUGUAAAUAAAUUAUGAUAUUUGAAUACAACAUAUUCCGAGGGGAGAAUAAUAAGUAGCCAUCUUCACACGUUAUGUUUAAAACCGUCUGCAUACCAAAGCAAAAUGUCGAUAUUUGUUUUUCCUGGUGAAAUUACAUUUGAUCACAUGAGCACCAAAUGACCAAUUAUGCAUUUAGAAUACUCAAGAUUGUUUAUAGAAGGGAUAUAAUUGGGAAUAUUGUCGGUAUUUGUCGAUUAAUUCGAAUACGUUCAUGUGAUAGUGUUUACGAAAUGUAUCAUGAUAAUGCGAUUUUUCACAUUCUUUGAAAUAAAUUACAAUUUUGACGAUUCCUA